CAGAGACCACCGCAGCGGGGGACGUGGAAAAGGAGGAGGUCCCCUCGAAGCUCCGAGUGGACGGGGAGCCCAAGGCGGGCAUCCGGCGCCGGCGGAAGGGCCAUGGGAGGCACUGGGUCCCGGAGGCCCGGGCCAGCGUCCUGAGGGGCAUUCAGGACCCUUGGCAAGGGCCUGCAGUCCAGGUGGCCCCUGCAGAGAGCAUGAGAGGAGCCCCUUCCGGCAGGGCCGCCAAGACUCCUGAGAGCAGGCCGCUGGGGGAGACCCGCGGGGGCUGCUGCGUGUCUGAGGACAGUGACGUCAACAUCACCAGUGAGGAGGAGGGCCACCAGGAAGAGCCUUCCUCAGGCCCCCGUGGCCCCGGAGACACAGAAAACGGUGGCGGCCGCGUGCCCCGAGCUCCCCUGGAGAGCCGGGCCGCACCACCAGAGGGCCUUUGCUGCUACAUCUGCGGGUCGGCGCUGUCCCUGGCCUCGCAGCACCAGAUCCACGUGCAGAAGCAGGAGAAGCUGGCCCAGGCCCCUUUCUUCCCCUUCCUGUGGCUGCACAGCCCACCCCCGGGAGCACAGCCCAUCAGCGAGGGCGGCAGCACCCUGGUGUGCCCCUGCUGCUUCUCGUCCCUCAUGCAGCAGUGGCAGAGCUUCGAGCUGGCCGAUGUGCCCGUCCUGCAGAGGCUCUACGUGGUGCCCCUGAACAGCCAUGCCCCCGGCAUGGCCUCCAAGGGCAGGAGGCUCCAGAGGGAAGAGGGCCCACCCGCCGGGGCCCUGCCAGAGGCGUGCUACCUCUGCGGGGAGGACUGUACCCGGGAUGCCCGGGCAGUAGCCUCCAGGAUGCUCAAUGGCAACACCAGGGGCCCCAUGCAUUUCCCCUUCCUCAGCCUCCUGCCCUGCCCCCCCAACGCCCAGGGCCCCAACAAGCGCUGUGAGGUCCGCAGCUGCCCCAAGUGCUUCAGCGUCCUGGAGGACGUCUGGGCCCUGUACCGGGCCUGCCAGAACGAGGAGCUCAUCACCUCCGUGCAGGGCUUCCUGGGCAGGUACCACCAGGCUUUCUCGGCCUCAGACCCUGCUCUCUCCGAGCCGCCCGCGUCGGCCCAGGGCAGCCCGGCGUCCAUCUGCUACAUCUGCGGGGCUGAGCUGGGCCCUGGGAAGGAGUUCCAGCUCAACGUGAACCCUUCCAGCCGCUUGGGCGAGAAAGAGCCCUUCUUUCCCUUCCUCACCGUCUAUCCGCCCGCCCCGCGCGCCAGGCCUGCCGACUCCACCGGCCUGGUGGCCACCUGCGUGCUUUGCUACCACGACCUGCUGGGCCAGUGGCUGCAGCACGAGGCCCGCGGCACCCAGCACGCCGUCAGCCCCUGGUCUCGGCAGUACCAAGUGGAGACGUUCGUGUGCUUCUUCUGCCAGCAGGAGAAGAAGCGGUGUCUCGGGCUGAAGGCCGUGCGGGUCGCCCGGCUGCCCUUGUUUCUCUACACCCUGCGAGCGAGCCACAGCCUCUUAGUGGACGAUGGCCGGCAGCUGAUAAUCGGCGCCUGCACAGAGUGCGGGACCCUGGUGUGUGCUGGCCAAGGGCUCACCCGCCAGGGACCCGUGGGCUGGAGCUCCCCAGUGGCAGCUGCGAGGAAGGUCACCUCUGCAUCUCUCGAGGCAUCGACGGCCGUCCACCCUCCCUCCCGGGAGCCCGAGCCUCGGCCAGGCGCCCUAACGGAGAGCCUGCCCAGGGGCCCCAGGACCGCCCAGGAGCAGGGGCCAGCCCGGUGUCAGCAGAGCAGCCUGGACGGGGCCGGACCGGACCUCACGGGCACAGGCAUGAGCCAUGAGCCCAAGUCCCCUUCACUAGGGAUGCUUUCCACCGCGACCAGGACCACCGCCACCGUCAACCCCCUCACCCCCUCGCCGCUCAAUGGCGCCCUGGUGCCCAGUGGCAGCCCCGCCACCAGCAGCGCGCUGUCGGCCCAGGCCGCGCCGUCCUCCAGCUUUGCUGCCGCGCUGCGCAAGCUCGCCAAACAGGCGGAGGAGCCCAGAGGGUCUUCACUGAGCAGUGAGUCGUCCCCCGUCUCCUCUCCGGCCACCAACCACAGCUCUCCAGCCAGCACGCCCAAGCGCGUGCCCAUGGGCCCCAUCAUCGUCCCCCCCGGGGGCCACAGCGUCCCUAGCACGCCCCCCGUGGUGACCAUCGCCCCCACCAAGACCGUCAAUGGCGUGUGGAGGAGCGAAAGCCGGCAGCAAGACGCUGGCUCUCGGGGCAGCGGCAGCGGUCGGGAACGCCUCAUCGUGGAGGCCCCGCUGCCCCAGGAGAAGGCAGGGGGCCCGGCCAUCCCCUCCCACCUGCUCAGCACCCCCUACCCUUUUGGCAUCUCCCCCAGCUCGGUGGUGCAGGACUCCCGCUUUCCUCCGCUGAACCUCCAGCGGCCCGUGCACCACGUGGCGCCCCCCAGCACGGUGGCGGAGGACUACCUGCGGAGCUUCCGGCCCUACCACACCGCCGAGGACCUCCGCGUGUCCUCCCUGCCUCCCCUGGGCCUGGACCCGGCCACCGCCGCGGCCUACUACCACCCCAGCUACCUGGCCCCGCACCCUUUCCCCCACCCGGCCUUCAGGAUGGACGACUCCUACUGCCUGUCGGCCCUGCGGUCCCCCUUCUACCCCAUCCCCACCCCCGGCUCCCUGCCCCCACUGCAUCCAUCAGCUAUGCAUCUCCACCUCUCUGGGGUCCGCUACCCGCCCGAGCUCUCGCACUCGUCCCUGGCAGCGCUGCACUCGGAGCGGAUGUCCAGCCUCAGUGCCGAGAGGAUGCAGAUGGACGAGGAGCUGAGGCGGGAGCGGGAGCGCGAGCGGGAGCGGGAGGCUGACCGCGAGCGUGAGAAGGAGCGCGAGCGUGAGCGUGAGAAGGAGCGCGAGCGUGAGAAGGAGCUGGAGCGCGAGCGGGAGCUGGAGCGUCAGCGGGAGCAGCGGGCCCGCGAGAAGGAGCUGCUGGCCGCCAAGGCGCUGGAGCCGGCCUUCCUGCCCGUGGGCGAGCUGCACGGGAUACGGAGCCACGCCGCUGAGGAGCGGGGCAAGGCCUCGGAGCAGCUGACCCCAACCCGAGCAGAGAAGCUGAAGGACGCGGGCCUGCAGGCGCCCAAGCCCAUGCAGCACCCCCUGCACCCGGCGGCCGCCCCGCACCACCCCGUGCCCGGCCUCCUCUCCACCCACGGCCUCUUCUCUCUGCCGGGCAGCAGUGCGGCCACGGCCCUGCUCCUCCAGCGCACCAACGAGGAGGAGAAGUGGCUGGCGCGGCAGCGGCGGCUGCGGCAGGAGAAGGAGGACCGCCAGUCGCAGGUGUCUGAGUUCCGGCAGCAGGUGCUGGAGCAGCACCUGGACCUGGGCCGGCCGCCGGCGCCCGCGGACGCGGAGCACAGGCCUGAGAGUGCCAGGCCGGGACCAAACCGUCACGAGCCGGGAGGCCGCGACCCCCCGCAGCACUUUGGCGGCCCCCCGCCCCUCAUCUCACCCAAGCCCCAGCACCACUCGGUGCCCACGGCCCUCUGGAACCCGGUGUCCCUGAUGGACAGCACGCUGGAGACACGGCGUGCCCCCGAGGGCCACCCUCUGCACGGCCACCCUGCCCCGUUUGAGCCCAGCCGCCAGGCGGCCGUCCCGCUGGUGAAGGUGGAGAGGGUCUACUGCCCCGAGAAGGCGGAGGAGGGACCCCGGAAGCGAGAGGCCGCCCCCCUGGACAAGUACCAGCCGCCGGCCCGCGAGGCAGGGGGCCUGGAGCAGCAGGCCUUCCCCCCCGCGCCCGCGCACUUCCUGGCGGAGCUCGAGCCGUCCACCCAGACCGUCCUGGGCCAGCCCCGGGCCCCGCUCGCCCCGGCGGCCCCCUUCGGGGAGACCCCCGGGCCCCUGAAGCCGGGCUCGCCCUACCGGCCCCCGGCGCCCCGGGGCCCCGACCCCACCUAUGUCUACGACGAGUUCUUGCAGCAGCGACGGAGGCUGGUCAGCAAGCUGGACCUGGAGGAGCGCCGGCGGCGGGAGGCCCAGGAGAAAGGAUACUACUACGACCUGGACGACUCCUACGACGAGAGUGAUGAGGAGGAGGUUAGGGCCCACCUCCGCUGCGUGGCCGAGCAGCCGCCCCUCAAAUUGGACACGUCCUCCGAGAAGCUAGAGUUUUUGCAACUUUUUGGCUUGACCACCCAACAGCAGAAGGAGGAAUUGCUGACCCAGAAGCGGAGGAAGCGGCGGCGGAUGCUGAGAGAAAGAAGCCCGUCGCCCCCGACGGUUCAGAGCAAGCGGCAGACGCCUUCACCGAGACUGACGCUGUCCACCCGCUACAGCCCCGACGAGAUGAACAGCAGCCCCAACUUCGAGGAGAAGAGGAGGUUCCUGACCAUCUUCAACCUGACCCACAUCAGCACUGAGAAGAGGAAAGACAAAGAGAGGCUUGUUGAGCUGCUCCAGGCCAUGAAGCAGAGGGCGCUGUCAGCAGCGGUGGCAGACCCGCUCAGGAACUCUCCGAGGGACAGUCCUGCUGGGUCCCUGAGCGAACCAGCCACGCAGCAAGCCUCUCUGGAUACGGAGAAGCCUGUGGGUAUCACUGCUUCCUUGUCUGACACCCAGAAGGCCACGGAGCCUGGGAGACUGGAACAGCUCCGGCCCCAGGAGCGAGUCCCGGAGCCAGCCCCCGCCAGCGGCGAGAAAGCCAGGCCGAGCGAGACCCCUGGGGGCAGGAAGAGCCUGAGCAUGCUCCACUACAUCCGGGGCCCCGCGCCCAAGGACAUCCCCGUGCCGCUGUCCCACGGCAUCAACGGGAAGAGCAAGCCGUGGGAGCCCUUCGUGGCGGAAGAGUUCGCGCAUCAGUUCCACGAGUCCGUCCUGCAGUCCACCCAGAAAGCCCUGCAGAAGCACAGAGGAAGCGCAGCUGUGCUGUGUGCAGAGCAGAACCACAGCAUCGACACCUCUGUCCACUACAACAUCCCCGAGCUGCGGUCCUCCAGCCGGCUGCCUCUGCCCCAGCGGGACGGGCAGCAGGAGCCCCCCGCCGGGAGGAAGGGCCCCCUGGCACAGGAGGUGGACCCGGACUCAGAGGAGGAGGAGGACGACGACGGAGAGGACGACGACGAGGACCCCCCGAAGCGCAAGUGGCACGGGAUCGAGGCCAUCUUUGAAGCUUACCAGGAACACGUAGAAGAGCAAAAUCUAGAGCGGCAGGUGUUACAGACGCAGUGCAGGCGGCUGGAGGCCCAGCACUACAGCCUCAGUCUCACGGCCGAGCAGCUCUCCCACAGCAUGGCGGAGUUGAGGAGCCAGAAACAGAAGAUUGUUUCAGAAAGGGAGCGACUCCAGGCAGAACUGGAUCACUUACGGAAGUGCCUUGCGUUGCCUGCAAUGCAUUGGCCUAGAGGUUACUUUAAGGGAUAUCCUAGGUGACGGUUUCCCUUGCACUAGGCCGAACCUAUAGUAUAGAAAUAUUAUCUAUUUUAUUACCUUGAAUAUUUAAUAUUUUUCACUGGGAGGUUUGAAGCUUAAAGAAAUGAGAAUGUGCCACAUGCAUGAAGCAAAGGAUUCCAGGCUCCAGAAGAACGAACGAACUCGCCUUGACUUCAAUGCAAUUGAAUCGCCUUUGUAAUUCAGCGAGCAACCCCUGUAGAACACCCAGUUUUUUCUUUUUAAAGGCAGUUUUAUUCUUUCCCCACGUCAUGAUUUUUUAAUCUGAAGAUGAAAGGCUCCAUUACCAACACUAAAAUCCAAUCGUUUCUAGCCCCUGGGUGUGUAGGACUGGACCGGACCGUCGGUGUUCUGUCUUGGUUGCCAUGUGACUAGGCCUCGAGAACCCAGGUGGUUCUGGCUGCAGGGGGUGGUGGCCGGUCUCAGUCCUCCCCGGGACUGAGACCUACCUUCAGUGGAAGGGAGGUGGGGUGCAUUUUUAAGUAAAGGGCUUAUUUCAGUUACUUUUUCUGCAAAAUUUUCUUCAAAGCAACAGGUCCUAGGAGCACACAAAGCAACAGUGCUGAAGCCUUACCCAAAGGCUUUUCCCCAGAAAAGCUCUUACCUUACCUAAAGAUAAAAAGCGAAUCAACAGACUGAAGGUACCUUUCUAUUACUUCACGGGGGAAUGUACAGAGCUCUGUGUACACACUUAUGCACACCCACCAGAUUGUUACUGCGGCAGGUAGGGGUGUUUUCAUACAAACGUAAACUUUUGAGAGGAAAGUCAAAGGUGCUUCAGCCUUGUACUGUGUAUAUAUAUUAAAAAAACAAAGUUUUGUAUGUUUUUAUUACUUUAAUUAUUGUUAUAAAAAAGCCUGCCAUUUUUAAUAUGUGGUUUGGAGGGAUUUUUGUUGUUUGUUUUCUUGUUUGGGGGUUUUGUUUGUUUUUGUUUUGUUUUUCUGGGCAAAAAAAAAAAAAAAUCCUUGCUUUUUAGUGUUUGUACUGCUGCUGGUCAGGACGUUAAGAUAUUGAAGUGUUUUUAAAAAAAUUAAAGAAGAAGAAAAGUAAAGAGCUUACCACUGGCGCCUAUGCGAUCACUUCAUUUUUGAGUUGCACCAGAGUGAUGAUGUAGAAAGCCAUGGUUACGCCUCACUGCCUCUUGCGCCCCGCUCCUGCUCCGGACAGCAGCCAGUUCACCACAGCCCAUGCUACGAAGCGAGGAGGGGCGGGCUCCAGUGGGAGCCAGGUGGACGCUGUGUGUGCACCUUCACGCACGCAGGCACACAUGGGCUUCGUUAAGAGCCUUUGAGGAAGGGAGCGGCUGCUGGGACAGGAUGCUGAGGUGUCUUACGGCAGUCUGCGCAGGUGCAAAGUAGAAACUGUAUAGGGUUUAUUUAUUUAGAUGCAAAGCUUCGUACCAGCCUGAAAGUAGGGUGAACAAUGUCUGCGCAGAACUUCUCUUCUUGGACUGACUGACUGUGCCAACCACAGGAGCGGCUAGGAACGGGGAUGAGGCAGGUUCAGGCGUGAAAUCUAGAUCAGGAAGGCAUCUCUUGCCCAAGUGGGCCUGAACCAGAGGCCAAAGCAGCCAGUGGUGGUUGGUCUGCCCGGGGGAGGGGGGGAGGGGGAGGGGACCCGAGCAUCGCGCCCCGUGCCGGGGAAGGGCUGGCUGACCUUCAGGAAGUGGCCACGCCCUCGGCCCCAGACCUCAGCUGCGCGGAACAGCUUGCUGGCAGAUGGCGUUGUGUCACUUUAUCUGUUCCCACACAGUUUGCUCUGUAUAUCUGCCAAGAAUCUUCCAGUUAUUAGCAAACUCAGACGAAAAGUGCCGCCAGUGUUAGCAGCAGUCAGCAAGUGCUUUUCUCUCUACAGAAACGACUUGACGAGAACUAAGGGCUCUUCCGGGGCCUCCUCCCCUGCAAAGACACAGAGCGCCAUGUGCCACAGGUGGCGACAGGUGUUUAGAGGGAGCCCCACUGCCAACGAUCAGGGCAAAACGUCACUGAAUUUCUCUACCUAAAAUCUGCUUGCUGGCUCUGAAGGCCUAAGGGUUACUACAUCUUAACGCUUCCCCCCAGUCCUCCUAACUCCAUAGUAGAAAAUGUCUGGAUGCCUUUGCUCCUCGGCUCUGGUAGGGGUCCUGGCCAAAAAGCAAAGGGAUGAGUAGAUCUGAUAACGUGCACAGCCCCAUCCUGUUACCACCUGAGGAGAGCGCCUGUGUCUGCGGCUGUUUUGCUUUUGGGGAGGAGGACGCGGCACACAGGUUAAAGGGACGCCUGCCCAGGGGUGCAGCUGUGUCACUGAGCUAGAACUGCCUGCCUCCCCCCUGCCCCGCCUCUGAGCUGCUCCAUCACUCUGCUUCCCCAUACUCCCACUGACCUGUGAGGGUCUCUGGAUAUUCUAAGGCUCAAGAAGUAAUAGGACAAUCAGAAUAUAAAUACAAACCCGUAAGGCAACAUGAAUAAACUAAGAAAAAGGAAACAAAGUGUCUUUUGAAAACAAAAGAUUGGGUACUAUGUCUCUGCACCACUGAGACCCAAUCUUGGGGUUUUUUUUGUUCCAUUUAGUAAUUAGUUUUAUAAUCUGAAAACACUUAUUCUGAAAAAGCAUGGUAGCAUCAGAGCCUCUUUUCAGUUUGGGCUUAAAAACUGACAGAGAAAUAUGGAAUCCCUGAAGCUUUCUGUUCAGCUGUUUCACACUGAGUUUGAAAGACAAAGUUCAGAAGUGCACCACAUUUGCUCUAGAACUGAUCAUGCAACUUCCGUGUCAGUACUUCUGUGAACAGUCCUGCACGACCUGUGUCUUCCCACGGCACCUGGGAGAGACGGCUGCCGUCUACCCUCUAAAGGGGGUUUCGCUAAACCUGUGCAGGAUGGGAUCCCUUCCAAAAGUGAGUCGUGUGGUUCUGCAUUUAAUCAGAUCAUUAGCAACAACCCAGAGCUUUCCACCAAACUUGGCGCGCCACACGUAGAAACAAGCCAAACUGAUGUGAAAUAUCGUAAUCUUAAUCCAUUAUCUCAGAUAAGUGACCAAGAUAGGCUCUUCAACAGUGUAGUCUAUAUUCUAAAGGAAACAAAACACUUAAUUGGCAUUAACAUGCUCAUAGAUUAUACACCCUCAGGGAAACUCAAAGAAUAUUAAAAGGAGCCGACACCUUCAGCAAAGCAGCGACGCAUUCAAGUAUUCUAACAGGAAGUCUUAAGUUUGUGCGUGGGAUGGUGUUUCGUCAAGCAGCUCACAAUGCUGUCACAUCCCCAAUUAGAUCGCAUACCCCCCUUCCCUCUGGGCCACGGCUUAAAGUGUAGCAAGUUCCAGGGACCUGCCACCAGAUGGAGAUGGUCAGCACCGCGAUGCUGCUCAUUGUACAGCGUGGAUUAGCCACUUCGCAGCAGCCCUGUCCUCUUCCAAGUAACCACACUAUCAACUUUACUACUUGCAGUAGCCUGUCCCCAACCUUCUGAUCCAGCGCUUAACCUUAACUCCUUAACUCUACCUUGACCCGAGGAAGACCAUGCUAAUCAAUCAGUCGUGUUACUCUGUAUGUACCUAUGCUUAACUGCUAGAACAGUCAACCAGUACAUGGAAGGAGGAGGAACAGUGCCUCGGUCACUCUGGGGGGCAGUUUAGAUGCUGUGAAAUUAAACCUGUUCUAAGUGUACUUGUUUGAAUUAACUGUAUUGUAAUAUUAUUUGUUGAAUGUAGUAAUUAGGUAUUUAUGAAUAUAUUGCUGUAAUUUCUGACAACAUCCAAAAAAUAAAAUCUUCCUAAAUCAUCUUAAGAGAAAAAUCU